ACAAACCAACCACAAAUGGGUUCAGUUUCUCUGAAAAUCGGUGACGAAACUGCAAGAUUCAAGAAACCCACAAUCUGUUCUUCACCAACCAACAUUCUCAUGCUCUUUUCAGUCAUUACCACAAAUCUCUUUGCUUUAUAUGCCUUCAAAUACGCUCAAAAGCCCCAUAACCACCACCUUCUUCCUCACCACCACCAUCAUACCCAUAAAACCAUCUCUCUGAUCUCAGAACAAGUCUUCUUCAUCCUCAAAGAAAUCGAUUCUUCCCAAAAGAAACUUUCCCAGAUCGAAACCCACCUUCUUGGCUUCGAAAGCAUCGAUCUUUCGACACCCACUAUCCCAAAAGAACUCAAAUCCUUCUUGAAUCGACACCAGCUUCCUCUGGGUAAAGAUUCAAAAACUGGGAUCACAGAAAUGGUGUCAUCUGUGGGGCAUUCUUGUGUCAAAUCCAUCGAUUUGUUGUCUGAAUUCAUGAACUACAACAUCAAUGGAGUUUGCCCAGAUGAUUGGAAUCUUUCCCAGAAGUUGAUCUUAAGAGGUUGUGAGCCUCUACCAAGAAGAAGGUGUUUGUCAAGGAUUCACAGUUUGAACAGCAAGAAACUGAAUGGGCACUGUUUUGACUUGGUCAAAGGGUAUGAAAGUCGAAGGUUUCUGAAACCCAGGGGUAAAAAUGACUUUUUGAUUGAUGAGGUUUUAGCUUUAGGAGGAAAUGGUGGGAUUAGAAUUGGGUUUGAUAUUGGUGGUGGAUGUGGUACAUUUGCUGCUAGAAUGGCUGAGAAGAAUGUGACUAUAGUCACUACAACUUCAAACAUGGAUGCCCAUUCUAGUGAAUUCAUAGCUGCUAGAGGGUUGUUUCCAUUGUACUUGAGUUCAGAUCACAGGUUUCCGUUUUACGAAAACGUGUUCGACAUCGUUCAUGCCGGAGAUGGAUUCGGUAUCGGUGACGACGCGUUAGAGAAAUCGAAACUCGAGUUCUUGAUGUUUGAUGUCGAUAGGAUUCUUAGGCCGGGCGGUUUGUUGUGGUUGGACAACUUCCUUUGUUCCAACGAAGAGAAUCGAAGAAAUUUGACACAUUUGAUUGAUGUUUUCGGAUACAAGAAGCAUAAAUGGGUGGUGGGAGAGAAGGUAAAUGGGUCGGGGAAGUUCGACGUUUAUUUGUCCGCGAUUCUACAGAAGCCGAUACGAGCAUGACGAUGUUGUCGAGAGAAUUCAAGAAUUGUAGUAGUUUUUGUGUUAGGUUUUAGUUCAUAGCCCUAAUUUCCGAAGAAA